AGUUACAUACCUGUCCAGUCUUCUCCUCGAUUAGUCACAGCGCCUUACAGCAAUAUGGAGUCUAGCACUUUCAAUGCAUCACUCAUUCAACCUUCGUUACGACCAUUCCCAGGGUCAACACCACGUAGCACGGAAUGCGAUCCAAGGCUGCCUGGGAUCACUGGCUCAGUGACUUCCAACCAUCCACCUAUGCGAACUAGGCCUCUAUCGUCUUCGGCAUUGCAACUGUCUAGGACGGGAAAUCGAGUAUGGCAUGGGAGCACAACCGAGCCGUGUCCUCCUAAUUACUCAUCUUCGCAACCCUCCUUUCGACCAUCGUCAGUGGUACCAUCGUUUAGGACAGCAGAGAGCGACAUGCCCGCUGGUACCACCGAAUCUGAUCUCCCUGCCUAUUCAAGUGUUGCCGCUCGGUCUCGACGGUCCUCGGCGGCGCCAUCGUAUAGUACUAGGCCUAACACCAUCGUCGAGCCGAAUCUUGUUCUCGAUCCCGUCCCAGCUUUACCUCGAAUGCCCUCUAUCACGCUUCCUUAUGGAGACGGACGUCAAAUAGGGUGGUCCAGUGAGACCAUCUAAGUGAAUCUCACUGUACCUCCAUGCUUCGUAUGGGAAGCCCUUUAUCCUGGCGGUACUGUACUGUGAGAUUAGUAUUCUGUCACACAGUCGGCCACCCCCAACCUGUGGGAAUCCGCGCGUUUGAUUGCUAGAGGGCUAGAGUAACAGCCACUUACCAACCAAUGUGUUAUACGAGAUUUCGUCUAGUAAAAUAGGAAUCGUUUCGUCUAUCUAGAAUCUCGGUACACUUUCAAGUUAGUCUACUCCCCCCCAAGUUACCGCAUCCUGGCUAUCUCAAGAGUCCAACCAUAAAAUUUUGAUCAUUGUCCAUGUUUCUCUCUUUCCUGAUGCAGCUCAUGGUUUUGUCGUUCAGCCUACUGGUUAGUCAUCGCUAUAGCUCAUAUCUGUCUUCCAUGCAUACUUCCUUGACACAUCGCUUUCCUUGACAUCGCCUUCCGUGUGUCACUCCCUUGC